AGAGCUUGUCGUCCAAGCGCGACCUCGGCGCCUUCAGCAUGGACCUCGGCGCCCUCAGCCGCGGGCGCGGCAGCCGGAGGGCGUCCACGGACGUGGGGAAGGCCGCAGAGAAGGAGUCGGCGGAGACGGAGGCUCCGGGCACCAACGGGAUGAGCCACCCGGAGCUCCGCGAGGCAGCCCAGGCGGACUCGCCGCCUUCCUCGGAGAGGCACUUGCCGCUGGUCCUGCCGAACAAGCCCAACCGACUGAACCCCGCCACCGCCUCCUCGCAGCUCGGCGCCGAGGAGGCGGCGCAGGGGGUCGGCUCGCAGACCACCUCCGCGAUCCCGAGGAGGAGCGACGUCUCCAAGAACGCGAGUGCGCUCGAGGCGUCCGCUCACAUGGCCUUUCUGAGGAACCUGACGGACCAGGCGCCGCAGGACAACGACGAAGAAUCCACCAACAACCACCGGAGCUCUCAGCACAGGAAGGAGAGUGAGAUGAGGGUGAAGCUGAUGAAGCGCAUGGACACCUUCAGGGCGCAGCAGGUAGAGUACGGCAUCGUGGGCAAGGUGGUGGUGUCCAGCCAGUUCGAUUUCGCUAUCACUAUCGUGGUUGUCAUGAACGCGCUGCUCAUAGGGGCGC